GAUAAAGGAGAAGGUGAUCGAGCCCAAUAUUCCUAUACGCAACCUCCCCAGCUCCCCGUUCCCCAACAACCGCCAGCAUCUCAGUAUACGCAACCUCCACAGCUCCCAGUUCCUCAACAACCACCAGUACCUCAGUACACGCAACCUCCACAGCUCCCGGUUCCUCAACAACCACAAGCACCUCAAUACACGCAACCUCCACAGCUUCCCGUUCCUCAACAACCGCCACCAAUGGUACGUCCUAACGCUCCUAGGUCUCGCAUUGAUCCUAAUCAAAUUCCAUCACCGGUAGUCGUUCAGGAACAAGAUCAACAUCUAUUCGAUGAACAACCAUAUAUGACUCGUUCUAAAUCAACAAUACCACUCGCAAGUACUGAUUUUAGAGCCAUUGAUGAAG